GGAAGACGAAGCUUUCUGUUUUUCCUGGCCUUGUUUCACAAGAUAAUGCCACAUGUAGACAUGCUGUAUAACCACCUACAGAAGAGAAACAUCGAUUCUGUCACCAUCGCAGGGAUCACCCAGACAUUCAUCAGCCGCAUGCAGGCUAUCAGGGAGGCACUUCCUAAUCUGGUUGUGGAUGAGGAGUACAGGGGACCUGUUCAAGACCCACCCACAAAGAGACGGAGAACAUUGGGGGAAGACAGGCAACACCAUUUGGCACUGGAGGUGUGCGACACCAUUAUGAGCCAUGCCAAGGAGAGGUUUUCUUUCACCAAGCACCUUGUCAGCGCCACUCUGUUGCAAGGAGACUUGUUCCAACAACACAGCAAAAAUUUUCCAGAUGCAGCACUACAAACCACAGUGGAAGCCUAUCCCUCAUUGGACAAAGCCAGACUUAAAACAGAACUGUCCCUGAUCUACGACAACGAGGAGUUUCAGAGUUGUAGUGGUGCGCUGGCGCUCUAUCAGGUUCUGAUGGAAAACAACCUUCAAGACACAUUCACCGAAACUGUAAGUCUUCUUAACAUCCUCAUCACCACACCAAUGACAACAUCAGAAUCGGAGAGGUGUUUCUCUACUUUAAAGAGGAUAAAAACUUUCCUGAGAAACAAUAUGGCUCAGGAUCGGCUCAACGCUCUGGCUAUGCUGUCCAUAGAGAAAAAACUCACACAAGAACUUCCUGAUUUCAACACCAGGGUCAUCGAGAAAUUUGCCACUCAGAAAGACAGACGAGCAAAGUUCUUGUACAAAUAAGAACCCUUAACCAUAUUUACUCUCUUUCUCCAUCCCUCUCUCUUUCUCUCUUUAGCCCACCCCCCCAAUCAGUUUACAGUUGUUGUUUUCAAUAGUUAUUUUUCAUUCAUUCAAAAAAAAAAAAAAAAUCUGUUCAUGUUCAUUUUUACAAAUCUAUACAAAUGGCCAGAAUAUGGUUGUUCAUUUUAAAUUUAAAUUAAAAUUGUGUUGUUUGAUGUACUCAUUAAAUGGGUCAUUUUAGUCGAUAUCAUAAAAAUUGCCCCCCCUGAGAUUUUUUUCAGGAG